AUGCACUGUAUUAUUUUCUGUCCUUCAGAGCGAGAUUAUUACAGUCUGUGUGUCAAAGAGCCCAUAGGAAAACAUCUCUUCCGGCUUUUCUGUGCAACCAAAUCUGAUCUGCAGCACUGCAUCGACCUGCUGGAUGAAACGGCGGAAUAUGAGGUCACGCCGGAUGACAAGAGAAAGAACUUUGGCAAACAGCUCAUCAACAAAUAUCUUACCUCACAGUCCUCUAGGGCGCGUGUGAUUGUCGACGGGGAACUUGACAAGUGCAGCUGCGACCUGGAGCUCAACGCUUCUGAAGAUAUAUUCAGCAGCUGCCAAAAGGCACUUCAUGAGUGUCUAAGUGGAGCUCCAUUUGCAGAGUAUCAGAAAAGCAUGUAUUUUGACCGAUUUCUGCAGUGGAAGAUGGUGGAAAGACGCUCGAUCACCCGAGACAUAUUUCGAGAGUACCGUGUUUUGGGAAAGGGUGGGUUUGGAGAGGUGUGUGCGUGUCAGUCCCGAGCAUCAGGGAAAAUGUACGCAUGUAAGAAACUGGAGAAGAAGCGCAUUAAGAAGCGGAGCGGGGAAGCCAUGGCCCUCAACGAGAAACAGAUUCUAGAACGGGUCAACAGCAGAUUUGUGGUCAGUUUAGCAUACACUUACGAGACAAAAGAGGCUCUUUGCCUGGUGCUGACGCUGAUGAACGGAGGAGACCUGAGGUUUCACAUCUAUAACAUGGGCACCGAGGGGCUCAACAAAGAAAGAGUAGAGUUUUAUGCUGCUGAGAUCCUGUGCGGCUUGAGCCAUCUUCAUAAAAAGUCUAUUGUUUAUAGGGAUUUAAAGCCAGAAAACAUUCUGCUGGAUGAUAAUGCACCAGAAGUGAUCACAAACACAUACUAUAGUGUAAGUGUGGACUGGUGGGGACUCGGGUGUCUAAUCUAUGAGAUGACGGCGGGAAAUCCUCCGUUCCGCAACCACAAAGAACGACUGCCGAGACAGGAGAUGGAAAGACGAGUUCAGGAGACGAUCGAGCAUUACGGGAAGAAGUUCGACGAGGACACCAAAUCCAUCUGCAAAAGCCUCCUGGCUAAAAACCCAAAGGAGAGAUUGGGCUGCAAAUAUGGGCGAGGAUCAGAGGUCAUCAAAGGUCACGGGUUCUUUAAGGACAUCAACUUUACGAGACUUGAGGCAGGAAUGAUGCCGCCACCCUUUGUUCCCGACCCGAGAGCCGUUUACUGCGCGGACGUCCUGGACAUCGAUCAGUUCUCUACGGUUAAAGGAGUGAGCCUCGAUCAGGUCGAUGAAAAUUUCUACAGCAAGUUUAACACGGGAAGCGUGCCUGUGCCCUGGCAGAAUGAGAUAAUUGAGACCGAGUGUUUCAAGGACCUGAAUGUGUUUGGACCGCGUGGAACAAGAACACCAGAUCUGGACCGCAGCAUCGUCAUCCCACAGACCAGCUCCGAGACUCAGUUCAUCAAUCGGAGUCCUCCUGAAUACAGCCGCCGGCGCCGGCUGCUGAACCGAAUCUUCAAGAGACGCCCCAGGGGCCAGUCAGCUGAACCCAUUUGUCGCUCCUCAUCCAGCCAGGGUUCUUCUGAGUGACUUCUGCAG